AUGGACCAAAGUAGUAUAACACCAAAUACAUCGAAUCAGCAGUUAGUAAUUAACGGAGAUAAUGAAUCUGCAACUGCAUUGUUGAACGAGAAGCAGGGUAGAAAGCGCGAUAGUUUGAGAGAUGUCACCUUCAUAGAAUUCAUGACCGUCGGCAUAUUGUGUUAUGUUAACCUUAUCAACUAUAUGGACAGGUUCACCCUCGCCGGUGUAUUAGGGGAUGUCAAAAAUGAAUUCAACAUUGGUGAUGAUUACGCCGGCUUCCUUCAGACCGUGUUUGUGGUCGCGUACAUGGUUUUCGCGCCAAUAUUCGGUUAUUUGGGUGACAGAUACUCAAGGAGGAAAAUCAUGGCAUUCGGUGUGGCCCUGUGGAGUCUCACCACUUUCGUAGGGUCAUAUAUACCUGAUUUCGCCUGGUUCGCGGUAUUUCGCGGCCUGGUCGGUAUAGGUGAGGCGUCAUACUCAACCAUCGCACCGACCAUUAUCAGUGACCUAUUCGUCGGUAACGUCCGAUCGAAAAUGCUUGCGUUUUUCUAUUUCGCUAUACCAGUCGGAAG